GGGUCCUGCUCCACAUGCUGCGUGCUUUGCCUUCAGCAUGAGCCCAGAACUGCAGGUGGAUUUCCACACUGGAACUGAAGAGGACUCAGACAUCGCCUUCUAUUUCCGAGUGUACUUUGGCAACUGUGUGGUGAUGAACAGCCGUCAGUUUGGGGACUGGAAGUCAGAGGAGAGAUACGAUGGUAUGCCUUUUGUGGAUCGCCAACCAUUUGAGCUGUGCAUCUCAGUGCUGCAAAAUGAGUACCAGAUAAAGAUCAAUGGCCGUCAAUGUUACAAGUUUUCCCAUCGACUCCCGCCACAAAGUGUGAAGAUGAUCCAGGUGUGGAGAGACGUCUCGCUGAGUUCAGUGAGUGUCCAGUAGGGAAGGAUGUGACCAGAAUCCCCGUUGUCAAGGAGAUCCCUCCACCUCAGUGACCCUGUGAUUCCCAGAGCUGGCUAACAACAUGGGUUCUCACCCUUCCCCCACACUUGGUCAUUAAAACUCCUGA